AUGACUGCUGCGCCCAGCGAGACCAUCACAAAAUCAUCGGAAAUCCUUGCAACAGCGCCAGUAGUCGAACCCCCCGCGGAGAAAACGGGAGUGUCAGCUCUAUCCACAGGUGGCUAUGUGUUCCCUGGCAUUCCGAAUAUCACAGACCCAUACAUGAAGAGACAAUGGCAGCUCGAGCAUAUGGCUGGCGCAUUUAGGGUAUUUGCGCGUAAAGGGUUCACCGAGGGAACCAGUGGACACAUUAGUGUUCGCGACCCUGUAGAUCCGAAUACUUUCUGGAUCAACCCGCUUGGUAAACAUUUCGGAAUGCUCAAAGCCAGUGACAUGGUUCAGAUUGACGAAGAGGGCCAAGUCAUCGGCGGGAAUAGGGCGGCUGUCAACGCAGCAGGAUUCAUGAUCCACAGCGCCAUUCACAAAGCUCGUCCUGAUAUCCACGCAGCCUGUCAUACGCAUUCGCCAGCCGGAAAAGCCUGGUCGACGUUCGGUAGACCGCUUGAUAUCAUCAGCCAAGAUACUUGCAACUUUUGGGGGAUCCAGGCUGUCUACAAGUCAUUUGGCGGUGUCGUCCUAGAGGCAGACGAGAGCGCAAAGAUUGCAGAGUCUCUGGGCGAAAAGGGCCGCGUCAUUGUCCUUCAAAACCAUGGCUUGUUGACGACUGGAGGCACGGUUGAUGAGGCAGCGUAUCUUUUCACACUGAUGGAAAAGUCAUGCGAGGUCCAGAUUAUGGUGGAAAGCACAAAUCUUCCCAAGAACAUGAUCGGUGAAAAGGAGGCCGAGUUCACAGCCAAGGUCAACGCUGAUCCGGAGACUUUAUACACGGAGUUCCAACCCGACUUCGAGUACGAAAUUUGGAAGUCACGCGGGGAGCUCUGCAAAGGGGAGUGA